UCCGGACAGUUCCGAGACGCAAAAGUGGAAGUCGAGUUCUAUAGAAUGUAAAGAACCGUUACGGCCAGCUUUCGUUGAAGUAUUCGGUUACCGAAAUUUGAGGAUUCAGUAAUUACACGCAGCGCAGUCGGGAAUGGAGGAGGAUCAGGAGCACAGACCGCCAAACAAUGUUCUUCUAUUUCGCCUUGCCAUUUCCAAUAGUUUCAAACAUAUCGCGGAAUCGAUUAGUAAAGAUGACUUCUCCAACAUUCUUACAAUACUGAAAUCCAAACCAAAUGUUGCGCAUAAAUUACACGCAGCUAUGAUCAAGGAACUUCAAGAUGGUAUGAAUGACGACUUGGAGGAUCUAUUGAACGAAGGUAGUUUACAAGAAUCGUUGGAGAAGGUUUCAAAAUUGGCGGAUGCAGAUUCUUCCGUACAAGAAGAUGCUUGGAGGCCUCCCGGGAAUGUAGCUCUGCAUUUACGUUCAGUGGACGCACAAAGGAUUAAGGAAGAAAGCGAAAAGUUAGAGAAACAAGUGAAUGAACUAGAAGAAGAAAAUACAAUAUUAAUGACAAAAAUUUCGGACAAAAGGUCAAAUAUAUUAGUCCUACAUGACACUAUAACACGAUCAUUAAGUAAAACACCAAAUGCUGUAGAGUUGUUAGUCAAAAGACUAGAGCAGUUAGAAAAAUGUUUAAAGGUACUAGACCACGAAUAAGCAAUAAGGUAGUGCAAUUAUGAUUGCUAGAGAAAAACGUCUGUAAAUAUGUACAUAG